ACGUACGGUCAGGGUUUUUGGUCUCAUCACAGAGAUGAAGGGUGCUUCAGCUGCGAGGAACCUAAUUUACAAAGUUUUGGGCACUCCCAUUAAUCCGAGAAGAGAUUUCCUAAAGACAACCUUCAAGUGUCUCCUGCUUCUCAGUCUGCUGACCAUUCCAAUCAGCUUGUUGUUGAACAAACACACUGCCCUAUUUUCAUCCAUCCUAUCGAGAUAUCAGAUGUACAAGAGAUCUGCUGAUGGACCUGCCAAGUUUCAAAAGGCCCUCCCUCGGAAUGACCCAUUGCGCCUCUCCAUGAUUUAUCCGGGGAACUACCAUUUUAUCCUGGACGACACCGAGCUGUGUAGGUCCAUCCAUCCGUACCUGGUUCUGAUUGUUCCCGUGGCCCCCGGCAACUGGAUAGCCCGGGACGCCAUCCGUAGGACAUGGGGCAACGAGACUCUCAUCCAAGGGGAGCUCAUCCAGACCGUCUUCCUCCUGGGCGUACCUAAAAAUAGUAGCAACAUCAAAGUCCUGCAGCGGAAGGUACGCACGGAGAACCGGCUGUACCACGACCUGAUCCAGAGCGACUUCAUAGACAGCUACCACAAUCUGACCAUCAAGACCAUGGUGAUGAUGGACUGGCUGGCCUCUCGGUGCCCUAAGGUACCCUACGCCAUGAAGAUCGACUCAGACAUGUUCCUGAAUGUGGAGAACCUUGUGAGCAUGUUAAAGACCCCCGGCACCCCUACCACGAUAUACAUGACCGGCAGGCUCAAGUAUGAAAGUCCUGUUGUUCGCGAAAAGAACAGCCAGUGGUACGUGUCUGAGGAUAGCUACCGUGAGAACAAGUUUCCAACCCACCUCGUGGGCAUGGGCUACGUCUUCUCCCUUGAUAUGCCCAGAAGGCUUAUGGAGAUCUCUAAAAGGGUCACUCCCUUUUACGUGGAAGAUGCCUAUAUUGGGGUGUGCAUGAAAACAUUAGGAAUCGACUUCACUCCGCCCCCAGAACGCUUUCACUUCAGACUCUACAUGUAUGAAUUCGAUUAUUGUCAUUUGGCCAAAUCCAUCUGUGCCAUCCUCCAAACUCCAGAUCAACUGAUAAACUACUGGACAUCAUUAAAGGGGCCUGGCCCGGCCUGUUAGGACAUGAGCAUCUACACGGCCGUUUAGUGGAUAAGUUAAACAGACGUAAAACUUGACUUAUAAUACCUUACAAACAACAAUAAAUAAAUUCUUCACAAUUAAUAAUCACUUAGUUAAUGCUGACUAUUAUUAUUUUGAUUAAACUCAUGACUUUCCCGGAUGUAUUGGCUGUCUUAUAUUUUAAAAAGUAUAUUUGUAUGUCAAACAUUAUUUUGUAUAUAUUUUGUAAAUAUAAUAAUAAUAAUAAUAAUACAUUUUAUUUCAGCGUGCCUUUCAUAGCACUCAAGGUCACCUUACAGGGCAGUGUUUAAAAAAAAAAAAUCAACACAGGAACUAUGUAACUUUUAAAUCAGGAGAUGAGGGAGCUGUGCUAUGUAAUCUGCAAAAUCUAUCUUUCAACGGCUCCUUAACAUUGGGUCAGCCUUGGUUGACGUAGCAUGUGAGAAAUAAAGCCAAUGACCCUUGCAGUCCAGGCAUUGGGAGCAUAGAUAUAUUGAUGUUGCGGUAUUGAUGUCUUCCAUAGAUUUCAUGUGACCAUUAUGAACCAUCCUGCCCUACAAAAGCGAACCGUGGUAUAAGCUUCAACAGCGAGACUGAGAAAACUGGUCUUAACGUUUUUUGACCGUACAACAAAUAGUGUUAUGAGUUUUAUGAUCAAUGGUACAAUGACGAAUUUGAUCCCUGCAUAUUUUCUUAUUUUUUUGACAGAUGACCCCCAACAAUCUGAUUUUGCGUUAUGUCUUCGUAUGACUAUUAAUGUCUGUUUAAGCAAUACCAGUAAAAGAGCAAAGUAUCGUAA